AUGCACAAGCAUAUCCUACUUUCAGCUGCUGUCCUUGCUCUCAUAGGACACAGUGCUUUGGCUGUCAAAGACGAUCUCUUCCUUGAUGAGGAUCAAAAGUCAGGUCUUGUUAAUCUCUCUAACGGAGACGAUAUCUUCUAUUGGUUAUUCAAGUCAAGAGGAACCCCUACUGCUGACCCACUAGUCAUGUGGCUAACUGGAGGGCCAGGAUGCGCCUCAGAGAUCGCUAUUUUCUACGAAAACGGCCCUUAUACCAUUAAUGAUAACAUGACCUUAGCUCCUCAUGCUGCUGGUUGGAACAAAAUCAGCAACUUGCUCUAUGUUGAUCAGCCAGUUGGUUCUGGAUUCUCAAAGUGCUCAAGUGUAACCCACUACGACACUAACGAGGAACAAAUCUCAGAAAACAUGAAAAGUUUCAUUGAUGGAUUCGUCCAAGCCAACCCAGAGUUCAAGGGAAGAGAUUUUUAUAUUACUGGUGAGAGUUAUGCUGGCCAUUACAUCCCAGCUAUCGCCUAUUACUUCACUCACAAUGUCACUGACUUGCCAGUCACCUUCAAGGGUAUUGCCAUUGGUAAUGGUUGGGUUGAUCCAAUCGUUUAGUAUCCUCAAUAUGCUGAAUUCGCUCAUGAAAACAAACUUAUAGGUGAUACUCAAUACUAUAUCCUUAAGGCUGGCUUUGCAUCAUGCCAAAAGACUAUUGAGUCAGGAGUUUGGCUACUUGCCCUUGAGUACUGCCAACUCUUAAUGACUAGUAUCCUUGGAAACCCACUCAACCCAGCAUUCAACGUCUAUGACUACAGAAAGAAAUGUGAUGUCCCACCUCUAUGCUAUAAUAUGAGCAAUGCAGACACUUUCCUUAACACUGAAAGCGUCCAACAAAAGCUAGGAGUAUCAGGUAGAAAAUGGACUGAGUGCUCACAAGCUGUCCACACUUUCUUGCUUGGUGAUUGGGUUACCAACCUUGCAUCUAAAGUAUCAGCUGUCAUUGAAAGUGGCAUUCAAGUUCUUGUUUACUCAGGUGACAAAGAUUUCGUUUGCAACUGGAGAGGUGGUGAAGCCUGGACCAACGCUGUUGAAUGGUCAGGCAAAAAUGAUUUCAACAGUGCCCCUUACCAAGAAUGGACUGUCAAUGGUAAGCCAGCAGGUCAACUUAAAGAAUUCAAGAACUUUAAAUUCCUAAGAGUUUAUGAUGCCGGUCAUAUGGUUCCUAUGGACUAGCCAGAGAAUGCCCUAUUCAUGUUAGACUCCUUCCUCACUGGACAACUUACCAACAAGAGAUCAUCAGGUGAAGAAGUCUUUGUUCAAUGA